UGCAAGUUAAUCUCUCACUUCCUUUUCUUCAACAAUUCAACCACUUCAACAGCGACUCCCCCGUAUUCACGGGCUCAAUAGGACCUAAAAAAGACAAAAACCAGACAAAUUCCUGACCAAGUAACACUUCUGCUCUCGGUAUUCUGCUGCUGAGAAGUAAUAAUGGGUUUCAUCGUCUCCUCUGCCUGCAUAAUAAUUUCCAUAGAGCUUGUUCUUGCUAGUUUUUGCGAUGUGGGCUGCAGAGUUUCAAUGGCUGCGGCCACAGAGCAAGACUUUGUUUCAUCCUAUAUUUCAGCACUGGGGGACCCAGGAAUGAAGAACCCAAAUGCCAGAUUUGCGUUUGAAGCUUGGAAUUUCUGUAACGAAGUAGGUAGUGAAGCACCGAAUAUGGGCAGCCCCAGGUUGGCCGACUGUGCUGACCUUCAGUGCACCCAAUUUCCUGUCCCUGCAGAUAUGCCCAGUAGUCUACUUCUUGAUAAGAUGAGCAAGUGUCAAGUGAUACAAAAGGUGAAUGAAUCAGACAACAAAUUAGGGACUGGCGAUCAAUUUCCUGAUACUGAGUUCAAGGCAUACAGCGAUCCUGAUCUUUAUGCAGUGGAAAAGGAAUUGUAUCUCGGUUCUCUCUGUGAGGUGCAUGAUACUGCUGAGCCAUGGUACUUUUGGAUGAUUAUGCUGAAGAAUGGCAAUUUUGAUAAGAAUACAACACUUUGUCCUGAAAAUGGAAGAAAAGUUAGUAAAAUAGUGACUGGAAGAACUUUUCCUUGUUUUGGUAAAGGAUGUAUGAAUCAACCACUUGUUUACCAUAAUAGUUCGAGAGUAGAUUUUUCAGGGGACCAAGCAUCUUUAAUAGGUGGUUUUUAUGGAACUUACGACCUUGAUACCCACUUGAGUUCAGAAGUAGGAUCAAAAUCUUUUUUCGCAGUUUCAUGGCAGAAGAAUUUAAUCAGUGGGAGUUGGAUUGUGUCAAACAAGUUGACGACAUCUACCAAGUAUCCUUGGCUUAUGUUGUAUCUUAGAGCUGAUGCCACAGAAGGGUUUAACGGAGGAUAUCACUACAAUGGCCGUGGCAUAAUGAGAAAGCUGCCAGAAUCACCCCAUUUUAAGGUGAAAUUGACACUUGAAGUUAAACAAGGAGGCGGACCUAACAGCCAGUUUUACCUCCUGGAUAUUGGAAGCUGUUGGAAGAAUAGUGGAGCUCCUUGCAAUGGAGAUGUCAUAACUGAUGUGACUAGAUACAGUGAGAUGAUCAUAAAUCCAGCCACUACAAGUUGGUGCCGUCCAAAUAAUCUUGUUUCCUGCCCGCCUUACCACAUUAGUCCAACAGGGGAAAAAGUUUAUAGAAAUGAUACCUCUCGGUUUCCAUAUUCAGCUUAUCAUCUAUAUUGUGCUCCAGGAAAUGCUGAGCAUCUGGAGGAACCAUAUGAUAUCUGUGACCCAUAUAGCAAUCCACAAGCACAAGAAUUAGUUCAAAUUCUACCACAUCCUGAGUGGGCUGUGCAUGGAUAUCCUGCAAAGCAAGGAGAGGGAUGGAUUGGGGAUCCAAGGACCUGGGAGCUCGAUGUCGGCUCCUUGUCUAGUCGGCUAUACUUCUAUCAGGAUCCAGGAACAAAACCAGCAAAGCGUGUCUGGACUUCUCUCAAUGUUGGCACAGAAAUUUAUGUUAGCAACAAAGCAAUGACAGCUGAAUGGACUGUUAGUGAUUUUGAUGUGUGGAUUCCUAAUGAUUCUGAAUUUCGAGGCAGACAAUUAAUGUAAUGGCAGCAAAGAAUGAGUCUUAACUUUCCACUUGACAAACAAAUUCAUCAAGUCUGCUUUCUUCUCUUUUGCUUAGAAAUACAUUCUCUAUGUUGAUUUUUGCUUCCCA